CUCAACUGUCCUCCAACACUUUUUCCAUAAAUGCCCUUUUUAACCCUCUCUCUUAAUUCUUAUCCCCCAAAAACUUGUAUAUAAUAUAUAUCCCUUGCUUCCCAAAACACCAACUUUCUCUCUUAUCACACACUCCCUCACUUUCCAAACCUAAAAAAAGGAAAAAUGAAUCUUAUAACAAGCUUUCUGCUGACCCUUUUGCUCAUAACUUCUCUCUCUUCACUUUCUCUCUCCGCCCGACCCGGGUCCGACGGGCCCUUCUCGGCCGAGCUCAAGGGCUCGAAGGGUUCGUCGCCCGGCUCCAACUCCAACAACAACGGGGGGUUCUUCGGGCCCGGGCCGGGGUUCAACAUACCCGGGUUCGGGAACGGCAACGGGUUUGGCGGCGGGUAUGGGUACGGGUACGGGGGUCCUAAAGGAGGGCACGACAAGGGAGGGAUAGUUAGGCCCACUGUGGUGUGCACAGAUAAAGGACCGUGUUACAAGAAGAAGCUGACGUGUCCGGCCAAGUGCUUCACCUCCUACAGCCGCUCCGGCAAGGGAUACGGCGGAGGCGGCGGCGGCGGUGGCUGCACCAUGGAUUGUAAGAAGAAGUGUGUCGCCUAUUGUUAGAGGGAAGAAUAUUACUAUAGGCUUCUCUGGUUGUUUGCAGCCGGUAGCCGGUAAUUCAUAUAUAGUUUUCCAUAUACAUAUGUAUGAGUUAUGACUACUAGUAGCACUUGUUAAAGUGAGUAUAUAGUAUGUGAUGCAGUUUUUUAAUUAACUAGAUCGUAUGGUGAUAUGAUAUAUGAUAAUUAGAUCA